GUCGUUUGAAGAAUACAGAGUUUUGUACCGCUCCAAGGGGCCGCGAGGGCUGUGAGCGAAGAGUGGCUCUACAGCGGGGUUUUUACUGUCUGCGCUUCUAGGGGACAGCUCUACCUGAAAGUAAUCGUCGCCCUCCCGUGACUGUGCAGUGUUUCGACCAAUCACAGUUGGAGAUAACACCGACUUGAGACUUGGCUUGAGAACACGUUCAGUGGAGCACAAGCGAAACGGCCAUACGGUACUGGAGCUACACACGGCUAUAUUAUAAUACACCCACAAGGUCAAAAAGUUCACGAACGUUCACGUGCUGUACCAACUUGGCUUGAUACAGUCACCACAAUGCGUGCUUUAGGACUCUCUUCGGCAUACCGGACGCUUUUGACAUGUUCGCCGCACCCGUCUGGCAAACGCUUCAACUCAAGCAGUGGUCAGAAACCCGUUUCUCAUGCGCAGGUUUACACGGAUCUGAUUCCGGGCAUGGUGCCCAUCGCACUGCUAGGGUCAGCUGUGUACUUGGGAUUGCGAUUAUGGCAAACUAGUUUGGCUCAGGAGAAGUACUUGGACGAGGCACGUUCGAGAGUAGCUGCAUUAGAGGCGGAACUCGAUAGCCUCCGGAAACAGCCCAAAAUCAUCGCUGAAGAUGGAGAUCCCAUUACACAGCCGGGGACGUCGAAACGCUUGUGGUUCUUUUAGGCCCAUUUCUUUUUUCAAACAGUGGGCGUACAACAUUCGAUCAACAAUCGACGUAUCCGCCGUUUCAGCGACCCGCGCUGCUCUGAUCAGUUUUGAUUGUAGACAUUCUAGGUGCGGCAAUGCGUAUCCGUAAUCCUGUCGGAUACUGCCUUCAUGAUGGAGAACGUGCCUACCACCGGCUUGCAAUGCAUAAAAUCUAGGUUCUAAUCAUUUAGAGCCAGGGCGGGAAGUUGAUAUUGGAGUGCAUAUGAGAAGUCUAUUUGAGCACAGGGGAAUCAGUAGGGUGUUCUAUAUACGCAAUAAUACUACCACAAAGUU